GCAUCAACUAACGGGCUGUGUUUCGAUAUGAACUGAUAACACGUGGUUAUAAUUAUAUAUUUUAUGUGAUUGUAAUUUAUAAAUAAUGGAUACCAAAUCAAUUACAACAUCAAUUCAAUCACAUAAAGAUGAUAAAGAUCUUGAUAUUGAUUUGGGAACUUUACUUGCAUCCGAUUAUAAUACCUUGGAUACGAAAACUCUCAAAUCGCAACCAAAUUCAUAUUUAAAAAGUUUGACAAGAGAUAAUGUCCAAUUAUUAAUUAAUAAAAUUUGGGAUUUGCCAGUAGAACGGGUAGAUGAAGUUAUAACAGCUACAUUGCCCAAGCCAGAAUAUGUAUUACCACGUUCGCGUGUUAUUCCAAAACCCAAACCUUUGACAAAGUGGCAGUUGUUUGCCAAACAGAAAGGCAUACAGACUAAAAAGAAGGGUAAAUCGAAACUGAAAUGGGAUGAGGAAUUAAAAGAAUGGAUACCAACAUAUGGUUAUAAACGAGCAAAAGCUCAGGAACAGAAAGAAUGGUUGAUAGAAGCUAAGGAUGAUGCUGAUUCAACUGUUGAUCCAUUUACUAAAGCUAAACAAGCUAAACAGGAAAAACAAUCCAAAAACGAAUUGCAAAGGCUUCGCAACAUAGCCAAAUCGAAAAACAUAAAACUACCAAGAGUCGGUCUGCCCACUAAAGACCACUUUCCAAAUUCUCAACACCUUUCUGAAGCUUUAACUAUAGCUCGUACAUCAACUGCAUCUGUUGGAAAAUUCCAGCCUAAGCUAUCAAAAGAGAAGGAUGCAAAGGGAAUUGCCAAGGAAGUACCUGGAAUGAAGAGAAAGAGGAAAGCACCCCCAUUAAAUGUUGUUGAGGAAAGACAUCAAAAUAAAAAUUUGGUGGAUGGCAUUUUAGAAAAGAAAACUAAAAUUCUCCAUGAAAAUUAUUCAACAGGGAUUACUGAGAUAAAACAAUCCUCUGCACCAACUAAUAAUAAAAAGAAAAAAAAUUCACUAAAACAUAGCAAAGGCGCUAGAAAACCAAAAGCAGGAAAAGGCAAACGAGACUUACACAAAAAAGUUGGUGGUAGAAAGCGAAGAUAAAUUGAGAUAUUUAAUAUCUAUUUGUAUGUAAUGAUGUGGCAAAUUAAAUUUUAUUAAUA